CACCCCAAAUCGUGAUAUACCCGAAAUCGUGAUACCGGAUGUUUAUAGUUAAAUGCGCACGCGCUAUUUCGUUUCGACGUCACAAACCCGGAUAUCGGCGUUAGAAGUGUCAAAGAAGUUUUCUGUCGACAAAAUGCUUCGUAUAAAGCUAGGAGGCGUUUUUGGGAGUCCCCCACCUACCAAAAGAAAAUACAGGCAGUAUUCACCAUCAAGUUUGGAUAAGGCAUACCAGUGUGCAGUUGAGGGUGAGCUGUCUGUUAGGAAGGCAUCCAAGGUCUAUGGUGUGCCUAUGCAGACCUUAAGGGACAGAGUUCUUGGACAUAUUGAGCCAGAUACGACUAGGUCAGGUCCUGGGCCACUUUUGAGUGAAUUUGAGGAGGCGAAAUUGGUAGAUCAUAUCAAGGACAUGGCAUAUGUUGGGUACCCAUACACUAGAGCAGAGGUCAUUAACACUGCUACAGAAUUUGCAACAUGUCUUGGUAAACGUUCAAGAGAAAAGUCACUUACUUAUAAGUGGUUCUAUGCAUUUUUAGGUAGGUGGCCAGAGUUGAAAGUUCAGAGACCUAAAACUAUCUCUGAACUUCGAGCAAAGGCAACUAGUAGAGAAAGUAUUAAUCGUUAUUUUAACGAACUCAGGUCUAUCUUGGACAAAUAUGAACUGACAGAUUGUCCAGAAUCAAUCUAUAAUGUGGACGAGAAAGGUGUACAGCAAAAUUUUACACCUUCCUAUGUUGUUGGCCCAUCUGAUACCAAGACAUCUGUAGUAACUUCAGAGAGGUCCAGUACAACAACCAUACUUGGAUGUGGAAAUGCACUUGGACAACAGAUCCCUCCCUACUUUGUGUUUGCAGGAGCCAGAAUGAGGGAUGAGCUAAUGGAAGAUGCUUCACCAGGUGCUCAGGGCACAGUUACAAAAUCUGGAUGGUCAAACGGUGAAGUUUUCCAGAAAUACCUCCAGACUCACUUUGUGAAAUAUGCCACUGGAAAGCGACCCAUCCUCCUAUUAUAUGAUGGGCAUAGGUCCCAUAUUACACCAUUUAUUAUUGACUGGGCAAUAGAACAAAAUAUUAUAUUGUAUGUUUUACCUCCCCACACAUCUCAUAUUUUGCAGCCAAUGGAUGUUGGAUGUUUUGGUCCUUUUGCUAAGAUAUAUUCUCAAGAAUGUAACAAGUUUCAAAGAUUUACAGGUAGAGUUGUGGAUAAGUACAGUGUCUGUGCCAUUGCGUGCAAGGCUUAUUCUGUUGCUCUUUCUGUAAAAAAUUUGCAGUCCGCAUUUAUGAAAUCAGGCAUUUAUCCUUUUAAUCCUGAUAAAAUAGAUACAUCAUUAUUUAAAACGCAUGAGUUAAGAGCAAGUUUUGUGGAUGAAGACACUGUAAGUCAUGACCAUUUGCCAGCUGUCCUUUCUACAGCUGAUUCAGAUGAGACUGUUAAUUAUGCUGAGAAUGAGUCUGUAGCCGAGGAUUCUGAACUUUUGACCGCAGUUCCAUUGGAUCAAGUUACUUCUUCUACACUUGUCCUUCCUCAAACAUCAUCUUCAGAAUGUACAAGUGAUGUUGCUAGUUCAUUUUUUAGGAAAAAGAGACCAGUUUUCAAACCACCUUUUAAAAAAGAAAGAAGGUCUAUAAGUAAAAUAGUUGCAGGCAAAGCUAUUACUGAGCCUACAGUUGCAGCUGAUGUAAAAGAUUACAUAUCAAAUACACAAAGAAAGUCAACUGCAACUGCUACAAAGGGAUUUCGAACCCCUUCCAAAAGCCUGUCUGCUAAGGGUAAUCCAAAGCCCUCUUCAUCUGGAACCUCCAAGUCUGGAGGCCCCAUUGACUUGAGUACACCUCCUUUGAUGGAGGAUAGUGUUGAUGAUGACUCUGUUGUUGAUGAUGAUGAUGAUGAAUUAUGCUGUGUAUGCAACAAAUUUCAACCUGAAGAACUUUCAAACUGCCAUGUUGUUACUUUUUUAAAAUGGGCUAAGUGUGAUUUUUGUGAACACUGGACACAUCUUAUUUAUUGUUCAGAAGUAAGAGUUGUCCGUAGAGGGGAUGAGUUUAGAUGCCCCCACUGUUAAAACAUAUUGUCGUUUACAUCCAUGUUAUUGUUAAAUAUUAUUUUGAUACUCUGUUUACUUGAAGAAUAAUCAAUACAUAUUCGUAAACUAAUAUGAUUUCUUGCGUUUAUCCUUAGGUUUCGGUGUAUUAUUGAUUUUUCUAAACAUAACGAAUUGAGGUAUACCAGUCAAAAAAUAAACCGUUUCCGGUAUACUUUCAAAAUGGCCGCGCCCAAGGCUACAUGAUAACAAUUGUUUGUUUUCCUUUUGUUGGAUAUAUAGAGGUAAGAUAUAUUUUGAUUUAUGAACAGUUUGAAAAUUGUUUUUUGUUGUCAUUAAAUUAUUGUCCGCGUCAAUGCGCUUAACAUAACGAAAACUGGUGACUCGAGGG